AACAUAUAUAACCUCAAUUUGGGGUGGUAUUUUUCCUUGUACGUGUUCUCAGAUUUGAGUCAUAAUAGUCAGCUUUGAGCUACAGGAUCAAACAUUGAAGAACUUUAAGAAGAAAAAAGAAAGAAAAUCAUCAUUUUUUUGCACUCAAACAUGAAUCGGUGCGCAGUUCUACUUCUCUUAGUGGUCUCCUUAUAUCUCCUGAGCGCAGAAGCCUACAAGUGCAGGUGCACCAGGAAAGGACCAAAAAUCCGAUACAAGGACGUUCAAAAGCUGGAGAUCAAACCCAAACACCCCUACUGCCAAGAAAAAAUGAUUUUUGUGACGAUGGAGAACGUAUCCCGGUUCAAGGGACAGGAAUACUGUCUUCAUCCCAAACUUCAGAGCACAAAGAAUCUGGUCAAAUGGUUUCGCAUCUGGAAAGACAAGCACAGGGUGUACGAAGCCUAAAGCAUCGUUGUCACAGACCACACGGGAACAAGUGAGACAAACAUAUUCAACAACGUCACCAGGACUGCUUUGCGAAGGACAAGACAUGGCUCAAGAUAAAAGCUGUUCCUCUUCAGCCUGCGACCCGUCGAGCACAAUAUGAGUUGUUUGUAGUCUGUAAAUAACACGACGGGCUUGUUUUAGUCUCCCCGUCAGUCUAGUCACUUCACGCACCUUUUCCMGUCUUUACAGCCGUAGGUAUGUUGGUCAUGUCGAGGGGGGACGCACCGCCAUCUGUGUUCAAACAGCUGUCGGGUCAUUCAGGUGUUAUUUAAAGGAACUCCCUUCUUGCUUUACAUCCUAGAGCUUCAGCACAAUAAAAGCUGGUUGUAAAAUUC